AUGUCCUCACAAACUAAACUUGAUCCUCUCUCACAAAAACAACUCGAAAUGAUCAAUCGGCAAGAAAAAUACAAGGCCGAAAUCAUGGCAAAAAAACAACAAGAGAAUGGAGAGAAUGGAACAACAACAAAAAAGAGAAAAUCAAAAAAGGAUAAAGACGAUAACAAGGAUGGGAAAAAGAAGAAGAAAUCAAAAUCGAGUAGUAGUAGUGGAAACAAUAGUACAGGCACAUCUUCCGACGUACAGGACGCAACCAAUGCCAUGUUUUAUUCAAUGGGAGCAUAUACCGAUGAUACAGAAUCGGCUCCAACAUCUCCGUCUUCGUCGGCACCCAAUGGCGAUGGCGAUGUAAAUACAGAGAAAGAAGAGAGAAAAAAAGGCAAAAAGGAGCAUCUUCUCGGAUUAAUAACUUUUAAAAUUAUUGAAUUUUUGCAAGAGGAUACAUCUAAAAAGUAUUCAUUUAAACAAAUACUUGAGGCAAUUGAGUAUACCAGCUGUACGGAAGAAGUCGAUGAAGAAGAUGAAAAGAAAACAAAAACUGUGGUGCGAUUUGAAGAUUCCCUCGCUGCUCAUUUGGACGAAAAAGCAAAGAAGGGAAUAUUUAUGAAAUUAAAAGACAAUCAGAAAGUAGAUUACAUUCCCGGACCACUUAAAACCAAAGGAAUUGACGACAAUGCACUUUUCAGUUUUAAAGCCAUUCACCAAUCUGUAAAAAACAAGGACGACAUUGUAAAUUUAUUGAAACAUCCAGAGUUUGUGAUUAGCGGAAUUCCUUUUGUAGAACUUGCUGAAAGUUACAAAACGGUUGGAGAGGAUGUAGAGCAAUUGAAGAAGGCAAAAUUGAUCAUUGCCAUUCCCAAUCAAGACAAAAAGUGUGAAAUUUUGUAUUAUAACGAUCCCACUGUUGCCAUGCCCUCCGUUGAUCCCAAAUUGAAACAGCUGUGGGCAGACACCAGAAAUAGGAAAAUUUCGAACAAUGACUUGAAGUCUUUACUCGAAAAAGCAGGACUCCCACCAAUUCCUACAGUGGAAUGGCCUGAAGAUGAAUACAGAAGAAAGAAGGAAGCAGAGAGAGAAGAAAUGGCAAAGAACAUCAAGGUUAAACGUACUCGAAAGAUGAACGUCAACAAGAUGACCAACAAACACUUGAAGGAAGAUUUUGUUGCAAGUCAACAACAACAGCAACCUAACAAGUAA